UUUCAUACUGACUGGCGUUCCUAUCAUUCUUUCUUCGCAGAUCAGACAGCACCACGAUGUCAACGCUGCCAGAAAGAUGGCUUCAAAUGCCAAUACCCAGCGCCCAAAUUCAUUAAUGUCUUCCAAAAGUCUUCGCCGCCUGCCAGCGACGAAGCGCGACAGAACCGUAGCCUUGCUCUGACGCCGCCGAUGCCUAGUCCGGGAAGCGAUGAACAAAGUUUCACCGUCUCGCAUCUCCGAAAUACUGUCUUCGCGACCGAUCCUAACGACAUUGCUUGGCCGGGCUUUGACGCCCUGAUGCACGAGAACGAUCGGCUCUCGUUCCGAUGCUUGAAGGCUCUCUCAGAAUCAUAUUUUGGUACCACAUGCAAUGCACCACAGAUUCGUAGACGCGGGCAAAGAGAAUACGGCGCGUGCUUACAAAUCGUUCACAACCGACUAUCAAAACCCAAGGUAGAUGUCAGUCGUGACACCAUCCUGGCAAUCACAAUUCUAGGCGGCUACGAGCUGCUCUUUUUCACAAAGCCUUCAGGUUGGGCCGACCACGUUCUUGGGGUGGCGAAGUUGUUCGAUAUGGCAGGACCUGACAUAUGUGCGGACGAAACUUGUUUCUCCAUCUUCACAGAUAUGCGCUACAUCAUUGGUCUCGCAGCGUUCAGUCGUGGAGAGACCACAUUCCUAGCUUUACCCGAGUGGAGGACAACUCCAUGGGAGAAAUAUGGAAGACCAAAAUCAGAAGAGGACCUCCUUUCCGAUAUCUUGGUCGAGAUUCCCGCACUCGGGUGCCUACAGAGAGCUGAGGCGCUGAAAAGCGAUGAAGAAUUAGAUGCGACGAGCGACCCCGAAAAUCGCACUUACGCCGUGGCUCUCAACAUGCUAACUCGGUUGAACGAUUGGCGACAGAUCUGGCAGGCCAACUCGGCGCCCAUGACAUGUCCCGCCAUGCCGCGUACCGAGUUUGACGACGAGCUACCCAAACCAUGGGUGACGGAGUACCAAUUCGUCUCGCUCGACGCCGCCAACAGCUUCGAAGUGUACAAUUCGAUGGUGAUCCUACUCGUGCAGAUGAUCCUCGCCGCCGCUCGGCCCAGCGAUCUCAACGCCGGCGACGAGGGAGUCCUGUCCAACAUGGCGCGGACUUCGGCCCUGGACAUCUGCCGGAGCGUCGACUACAACAUCUUCUACUGCUCCGGAAAGCUGGGCCAGCUGACCAUCCUGGUGCCCAUGGAGAAGGCCUACGAAUGGCUCGGCAAGAACUCCUCGCCCGAGGGCCGCUGGCUGGAGCGCCGACACUCCCACCUCCUUCGCAUAACUGGCUCGUGGCAGGUCGCGCAAGCAGCUUUCUCGGAACCGAAGGACAGCCGCGAGGUGCCAUAUGUGGCGUCACGCACAUCGCCAUCAACCUCGCCGAACUCAAACUCGGUGGACGGAUCUGCUUCAGUCGCCUCAUUGUGAUUCGUUGUUUCGUUGGAUUUGAGUGUCAUCAUGGGUAACGAAUAUUGGGACAGUCGGAUUUGAGCGGUAUCUUCCUUUCCGUUGAGACACGUAGUUUUGGGAUUGCCCCGGUGGGCGCUUCUGUGCCGACACGAUCCGAAUGGGCGAGUGGUCACAUUGCUUAUCCAUCACCACUUCAUAACACUUGUAAUAAUAUAACGCUUUUCUGCA